GGGAUGCAUUUGACUAUAGUCGCUGGUGUCGGCUUCACAUAUCGCAAAACAGAAUCGGCAAUAACCAGGGUCGGGUUCUCAGCAGAUGUGUCGCUGAGUGGGGAAAAAGCGGUUAGAUAAACGAAGCAGUUGAUGGUGAACCGUCAGUUACCCAACCGUCAGAGAUCAUCGAGGAGGACCACGAAGCGAAAGCAUUGCACAAUGAUAUGGCUUGAUUAUAUUUUCAAAUGUUGUACUUCACCCUGUCCCUUCAUAUGUCGUUUACAUAUACAAAGGCUUUAAUAAUAUCUGAUCAAAGUAGCAGAGACGUCAGAAGAAAAGCUGCACAGGCUUGUUCAUCACACUUGAUGGUUUUAAUCAACUUUACCCUUUUAACUGUUUAUGAUGUACUUUUACUGUGACUGGAAAAUUUCCCCAAAACUGUACACUUCAUGAUGACACUACAAAAAAAUUCCGUAUGAUGCUCAGUUUAAUCCAAUUAUAUGUGGACUAAAAAUGAGGGAAAUGUAUAAACACCUGAAGAAGUUGCUCAGUAAGUAAUAUAGUGUAAUGUACUGUCAGUGAUAACUGCAGAGUCAUUGUUUUGUACCAUAAUAACUUAGAAAUGUCAUUUCUGUGAUCUUUGGGAGAUAUUUAAAGUGAGGAUUUGUUUCUGCAGCGCUAAUGCACAGCAAAGAACAUAAUCACUUUCAUGAAUUUAAAAAUACUGAAGCUGCAAAACAACAGAAUUUCUUUUAUUGUAUUAGCACUCAGAAUUUUCUCACUACUUUUUAAUUAGCUGAAAAAAACCUCAGAAUCCUGGGGAAUGCAGCACUGUAGCAGCAGAAUGGUAAUGUGCAACUUAUUUUAAUUGUAAACUCUCACAGGCCACAUAAAAUGAGGUGACAGGCCUGAUUUGCCCCGUGAGUUUUAGCUCUGACACGUCGUAAUGUUGUUGAUGAAAGGAGCACUUGAUGAAAAUCUUAAUGAGAUCCACAGAGUGAUGAAAGCUCAUAAAAACUGUGCACAGACUCAAGCAGCUCACUUUAGGAUGUUGUGUUUCCUGAAACAUUUCAAUGAACACACAAGUGCAUAUCAGAGCCAGAUCAGUGAGUAAAGGGUGAUCUAGUUUGAAAUACUACAUAGAGUAUGUUAGUCCUCAUGCUAUCCUAAUGGACAAUAAGGAAAAUGUAACAUAUAUAACUGUUGAUGGGUACGUGGAUUUGUACAAAUACAGAUAUCUUUAUUUUGUCAUCAUGUUCACAGCUUAUAUUCUAAUAAUCUGCAGUAAUUCUACUGUUGUGUAUCUCAUCUGGAUUCAUCAAAACCUCCAUGAGCCCAUGUACAUUUUCAUUGCAGCUCUGUUAAUCAACUCUCUUGUUUUCAGCACUGUGAUCUACCCAAAGCUGUUGAUUGACUUUUUAUCUGAGAAACAGAUCAUAUCUUAUUCAGCCUGCCUCUUUCAGUGGUUUAUAUUUUACUCUUUGGGAGGUUCAGAGUUCUUACUGUUGGCAGCCAUGUCUUAUGACAGAUAUGUGUCCAUAUGUAAACCUCUGCAGUAUCCAGCUAUCAUGAGGAAAACAACUGUCAGUAUAUUUCUGGCUUUAGCUUGGCUUGUGCCUGUUUGUCAGACGGCAGUACCACCUGUAAUGAAUGCUAAUAAGAAACUCUGUAACUUUACUUUCAAAGGAAUCAUUUGUAACAGCACAGUUUACAAACUUCACUGUGAGAGUUCCAGACUGCUGAAUAUAUAUGGUUUGUAUGCUUUGGCAAAUAAUGUAUUUCUACCUGUGCUCUUUAUCCUUUUUACAUACACCAGAAUAUUUAUAAUAUCCUAUCGAAGUUGUAGAGAAGUCAGAAGAAAAGCUGCACAGACUUGUUUACCACACUUGAUGGUAUUAAUCAACUUUUCCUGUUUGAGUAUGUUUGAUGUGCUUUUACUGCGACUGGAAACUGAUUUUCCUAAAACUGCCCGCUUCAUAAUAACAUUACAAAUCAUCCUGUAUCAUCCUCUCUUUAAUCCAAUCAUAUAUGGACUGAAAAUGAAAGAAAUUUCUAAACACCUCAAGAAGCUGUUGUGUAAGUAACAAGAUCUAAUGAACAAACAAACGAUAACUGCACAGUCACUGUCCUCCUGUCAUAAUCAUUUAGAGAUGUGAUUUCUGUGAAUCAGUAAAGAGCAUCAUCGGCUUCAUUAAUGUAAUGACUAAACAAAUGACUGCAGUUUAAAGAGAACUUAAGAGAUCAAAAAUACUGCAACACUAAAUAAAGAAGUUUGUGAGCCCAACAUGUUUCUUCUUGUGUUCUUCAUCAGGCUGACUGUGUCAACACAACAGAAUUUUUUCUUAUUCUAUUAUUUAUUAAAUGAGACAUGCUGAUGAAGGAGAUCAGAGUUGGAAGGAGAAGCUAUGCUUAAAAGUGCACAAAUGACCCGCGUCCAGCAGGACAUCACCGGCCACAGGAAACCAUCCGCCCCAUAUGCAACACAUAUAUGUGUUUUACCCAAUUUGUAUGUCCAUAUCAUUUAUGUUUAUUUGAAUCCAUCUUGUUCAGCUUUGUUGUCCUUGUUCUUGGUUGUAUGUAUUUUUCUAUCUGUCUUUUUACUGAACCUGUGUGCAACAUUGAGAGCAGCUCAAAACCAAAGUAUUGAAGCUGAUUGAGAGACAAAAGUGGGAACGAGACGCCGGUUGUGUUCAGACAGAAAUCCAAGUAAACUUCUGCCUCCCAUGAGUAUUUGGCAAAUGGUCCAUAGUGUUUAUUUGUCAAAUAGCUAAUGUACUCAGUAUACAGAUGUUAGCUGUAGGCUGAGUCAUAGGAAGGAUUCGGAGAGGCCACACAUGCACGCUGAUCGUACAACCAUGUGUUGCCAAUCGGUCCAUGACCACAGUCCUCAAAGAUGAUCCUGGAAGCGCUGCAGUUUGCUGGGUUUGAACUAACACCACAUGACCUGAGUUACCGUUAUCAGUGAGUUAUCGGAUCCGUAGCUCCGACAAAUUGGACACCAGCUCUGAACAACAUCCUUUACUUUUACAGUGUGUCUUGCGUCGGGAACGGUACGCCGACUGCAUCGUCUUUCAUUUAUUUUAUGGCUGGUGUUUAACUUAGCAUAUGUGAGUAUAUGGGCAGGUACUCUGGUGGCACUGCGGUAGCCAUGAUGUUUCAUUCAAACUCAACUGCCAUUUAUGCUCUCACAGGAGCCGCGGGCUCUGCUUGAUUUCCUGACACUUUGGAGAGAAAAUCACAGUAUGAAUUACAAUACGAUAUGAAACUGAUUCUUUGGACAACAACCUGAUAUUUGGUGAUAUCGUAAAGUCUGCUACAAUAUAAUUUCAGUUGGAUUGAAAUCGGGGGACUGCAAAUGUCCCGUUGUAUUUAACUUAAUCAGCUGCCGCAAAUUUUGUUUCUGCUUUAGAACAAAUGCACCUGAAUGUUGAUGAUUUUAACUUUGCACCAAUGGUAGUGGAUCAUUGAUCACUGACCUGAUACACUGAUCAAAAUCAAUUCAGCUUUACAGCCUCCACUAAUAGUGAAUAUCAAAUAUGUAGGGUGGCCCCUGCUUCUAUAAUGUAAGGCUUCUUAAUAAAAUAUCCAAUAUUUUACAUACUUUGUCCUGCAGUUUUUUUCAGUCUUUAUGGAGUUCUGUAAGGUAAUGUUAUUCCAAUCAGGAAAGACUAAUGAGAAAGAAUUGAAUGACAGAAGUGCAGGACAAAACUGAAGUAAAAUGAAUUUAUUGAGAACAACGAAAUAGACUUUGGCACUUCAACCCUGGCAGGAAGUAUUUGACCACUGGACAUUCUCUAAUGAACUAGCACUUUAAC